GCUCCGAGAAAAAGAGGCGGGGAGGGCACAGAGGAGGGAGAAACGGAGAGAAACACAGUGAUGCGGUGACACAUGGCUGACUGUACCGCCUGCAUGCUCUGACUGCGGCUUCCACUUUCCAUUCAUCGGGGAACAGCGAAGACUGGACUACUGAGGGGGAUGCUGAGAGACGCUGCUGGGAGGCUUGAGGCUGCUGCAACAAACGACCAGAAUCAAGCACAGACAAACAAGCUGUGAAGACACCGGGGGACAGUACGGACUGCUGCUUGGAUAUCCUUGCUGAUCACAUUGUGUGACUGGUGUUGCCUGAGGAUUUUUGUCCCUGCCGAGGCGCCGUAGCCAUGGGAGAUAACGUGUCCAAGCGGCUGAAGCUGAUCUCGGCUACAGAGGCGGAGAUGGAGGAGCGCUCUUUUCCAAACCCUUACCCCGACUUGGACCAAGGUGCCUUCACCUCCAACUCAGGAGCAGAAGAAGACUACCAGGAGGAGACUUUUGAUGCGGAAGGAAAGGUGAGUGCAGCCUUCCAGAAGAAGGUCCAGAAUAAAAUCAAAGAUCUCCUCCUGCAAAUGGAGGAGGGCCUGAAGACAGCAGACCCCCAUGACUUCUCCACAUACACAGGCUGGACAGGCAUUGCCCUGCUGUACCUCCAGCUGCACCGAGAGUCUCAUGAGGCCUCCCACCUGCAGAGGGCACUGGACUAUGUGAAGAGGGCCAUGCGGAUCCUUAAUGGACGUAAAGUGACCUUCCUGUGUGGGGAUGCGGGGCCGCUUGCAGUGGGUGCAGUGGUCCACCACAAACUGAACAACUCUGCUGACAGCAAAGACUGUCUGUCCAGGCUCCUCCAGUUGCAGCGGUCGGUGCUGUGCUCGGACUCUGAGAUGCCAGACGAGCUGCUGUACGGCCGGGCUGGCUACCUUUAUGCUCUGCUCUACAUCAACAAAGAGAUAGGAGCUGACACUGUGGACGAGGAAACCAUUACAAAGGUGGUGACGGUCAUCAUGGAGUCGGGGAAGAACAUGUCAGCAGAGCAGAAGAAGACGGAUCGCUGCCCUCUGCUCUAUGAAUGGCACAAGAAGCAGUACAUCGGUGCUGCCCACGGCCUGGCUGGCAUCUAUUACAUGCUCAUGCAGCCUUCUUCAAAGGUUCAUCCAGACAUGCUGACGGAGCUGGUCCGUCCCUGCAUCGACUACGUCCGCCACAAGAAGUUCCGUUCGGGGAACUUCCCGUCAUCUGUGAGCAACGAGAGCGACCGGCUGGUUCACUGGUGCCACGGAGCCCCCGGUGUCAUCCACAUGCUCAUCAUGGCUCACAAGGUGUUUAAAGAGGACAAGUAUUUGAAAGAGGCUGCAGAGUGUGCUGAGGUGAUCUGGCAGCGAGGUCUGCUCAGAAAAGGCUACGGUAUCUGCCACGGCACCGCCGGCAACGGCUACGCCUUCCUGGCCCUUUACAAGCUCACCAAGGAGAAGAAAUACCUGUACAGAGCAUGCAAGUUUGCUGAGUGGUGUUUGGACUACGGUACACAUGGCUGUCGCAUUCCAGACAGACCCUACUCUCUUUUUGAAGGUAUGGCAGGAGCCAUCUACUACCUGUCAGAGAUAGCGCAGCCUGAAGCGUCCUGUUUCCCUGCAUUUGAACUUUGACCUGCCAGCUGAUGAGGAUGAGGAAGGGGGAAAGGCUGAGUUUGUAGUACAGCGCUCAACGUUGGUUAUCAGGAACAGCCAAAUUAAGGAUUGAACAGAGCAGAAUGAGUGCAGUUGUUUGCUGGAGUAACCAUAUGUUUGGUUGUUUUUUUUUUUUUUAAAUAUGUACAAAAGGAUAAAGGGAAAUUAUUUUAGGACUAAAGACAGGUUGAAUGUUUUCAAUCCAGUGAAAAAAAAAGCAGUAUCUGGACUGAAGCAGAGGAUGUUAUUGGAUGUUUCUCCUCUUGAAUAUGGACACUUGCACCCUGUGGGGCAUGUUAGAGGAACACCGUCAAAUCUUGUCCUCUUCGCCCACCACAAUUUUCCAACUGGCUUGGACACAGAAGAACACACUCAACGCCCUCAGCCUUUAAUAUGGUAGCACCUAGGCCAAGAAAGAGGGUGUGUGUGUGUGUGUGUGUGUGUGUGUGUGUGUGUGUGUGUGUGUGUGUGUGUGUGUGUGUGUGUGUGUGUGUGUGUGUGUGUGUGUGUGUGUGUGUGUGUGUGUGUGUGUGUGUGUGUGAAAGCUGUUUUGGUAUUUCUAUGCCUCUGCAUGCUCACUGUAAAGGCUCUUUGUGCCUCAUGUCCUGUCAAAGUAGUGCUUUCCUCUUCCUGUAUUUGUAGCUGUGCUGUUUCAGUUCUUCAGGUGUGUGUCACAUAGUGGGCGAAAUAUUCUCUGUCGUUCACAUUUCAUGAAGAGGUCAAAGCACCUUUUAAUAUUGUUUUCAAGAUUGCCUGACUUUUGUAAAGCCAACCAAUAACAUGAAUUUGAGUUCUUUAUUUUUUAUGUGAGCUAUUUUGUCCUUUUUUCAAAAGAGGAGAAGGUCAGAUUUGAAAGCCUUUGGAGGCACAUUAAGAAUAUUUGAUUGCCCUUUAAAAACCAGUCUACUAAGUGUUUACUAAAGCUUCUGUAUCAAACAUUGUUAUGUCUGCAUUUUGUCCUUCAUUUAAUUUAUUUUUGGGGGACCUUUUAUGUUGAUAAGCGAAGGGAGUGUUGAAAUCAAACAGAGGGCUUAUGUUUUGCAAUGGCUAACAGUGUGUCCCUAUUUUAGUGAAUAGAGUUUCUGACUGAGUUAUACAGUAUGCAUGUCAAAAUUAGGGCCUGACUGUUAUGGAUUUUUGGGGCCGAUGGUGAUAUCAUUAUUGGGGAGAAAAAAAUCCAGUAACGAUAUAUGAGCCGAUAUCUUUCAUAGAUCUUAUGUUUGAUCUGAAGAGAAAUAUAAAUAUACAUAUUUAUUGUAUUGAUUCCUCAAAUGCAGUUAUCAAAUAACUUUUGGUGAAGUUGAACAAUAUAAUAAAGACAAGAUGGUCACUCCACUGGAAAGUAACUGUGCAUGUACGUGCAUCACUGCUUGGCACUCUGGAGAGUGACAAUGCUUGUUGCAGUCCACAUAGCGCCCUCUGCUGGUGAAAGAGAACUACUAGUUUAUUACAAUUAAACUCAAAGGAAAAUAAACCUGGUAAAUAAUGGUGAGUAAUAAUGGCACAUAUCUGCAAUAAAAUUAGCCGAUACUGAUAGUCACUGCUGAUAUCGGCCCGAUGUUAUCGGCUGGCCGAUUAAUCAGUCAGGCUCUGGUCAAAACAAACACUAAGGAUGCAAAAAAAAACAAUUAAUGCAGUUUGACGGUUGACCUAACAUCUACUUUAUGCAAUUUAUUUAAAAAAGCAUAUAUUUAAUGAACGUUGCAAUUUAAACACAUUGUGGUUAAAUUAACAGCAACAAUGCGAGGCUUCCUCCCUGAAAGCAAAAAUUAUAGUUGUUAGCAUUUCGCUUCGUUAGCUAUCCAGUGUUAUUUCCCCACAAUGUGACAAGUGUCUAAUCAUUUGGAUUGCCUGUAUUGUGCUGAAAAAAGGAUUUAAAGUGGGUGUUAGAUCACAAGGUAGAAAAGCCUUGUUUGCAUUGAUGGCAUUUCUGCUGAAGCCGAGCUAGCUUGUUAGCUUGCAUCUAAUAGCAUGCGUUGGCUUUCAGCUCAACAUCAGAACUAUAUGAAAAUAAAUAUUUUAGUUUGGGAUUACCUCAAAUUGAUGAUGUAUUAUGAGUCACGGUGAUUUUCAUAAUGGGUGGCAUUGUUGGGGGUGGCCUGGAAUCAUUUUUUUUUUUUUUUCUGUCCAGUUUUAUCGGCUGAAGAACACAGGUGUUAAUAAUGUUGGAAUAUCAUACUUGUUUAGCCAUAUUUAUCAAUGUCUGCACCCUCAGAUCAAUAUAUCAAGCAGUAUGUAACGUUUUAAUCAAAGCAGGCUCACUAUGUUUUAUGUAUUUUAUUUGCAGAAACCACAAACUGAGAAGACUUUGGACAUAUUUUAAAACAUUUUUUAGGAUUUAAAAAUGCUCUUAAAACAAUAUGGAAGCGCUACAUUUCAUUCUGUAUUUAGCCUUUUCUCAGCCGACUUACUCAGACUUUUCACCUUAGGUAGUUUCACAAUUUUCAACCAAUCACAGCUCCAUGUGUCAUGGGGGAUAUUUUUUUGUAAAAGCAAAUGGUAAUCCCAUUUUUUCAGACAGCACAUGAAUGCACAGUAAUGCCUAAUUCCAUGGCAGAGAUCUGUCAUGAAUGUCUUUGCAUGAGGAUGAUGUCACAUAAAGAAACGCCUGUGUUCAUCUGUCAGACUGUAUCCUCCUGUUUCAGUGGUCCUAAUGUGUUUGGUGGUGACUUGUAUUGGAGUGUUUGACCUUUGUCACUGUCUGUGGAUCUGGUUUGUUGUCAGACUAAUUGGUGUCAGAAAUUAAUGUGUGUGUUUAUUUUCUUCAUUAAACUCCUGAGCUUCAGUGACAGCCAACACGGUGAAAAGUCAGAUGUCUUCAUUGUUGGGUAAUUAGUUUGCACAAAGAAUUCAGGUGAGGUUUUACAAGUACGGGGGUAAAUAAUGAACACAGCUACUGAUAGCACAUGAGCGAUAUGGCUAAAAAUGUUAUCACAAUAAAAAAUGUUCAUUUCAA